UGAAAAGAGACGCCGGCGGAGGCCGCGGGCGAUGCCUGUCGAGGGAGAUGGCGGAGGGGGGCGGAGCCUCGCGGCCUGUGAUUCUGGAGGAUUACUUUAUGACAGAAGAAUUUCUGCUUGACAAAACAUCUGAAGAGGAUGAGAUUGACCUUUACAAUAAUCUGACCUUCACUUCGACAGCAUAUCUGGAAGAGAGUGAGACCAAAACCUUGGCUGCAGACCCAGUGGAAGCUCCUGUGAACGGACUUGAAGAAGUUGUGUCAGUAGGGGAAGAGGCAGGACAUUCAGAAACUGCAGAAGAACAGCUGAUGCUAGAAGAUGUUUUGGAAGACGAAAGCCACCACACUGAGCCACAGCUUGCUUAUGAGGCCACAGAAGAGAUGGGAGAGGAGGAGAUGGAUGUGGUUGAACAGGAGGAGGAGGAUCGUACAAGCAAGGAAGCAGAAGAACAGAACGACCUGGGAGACCCAGCAGUUAUGAAAGCCGUGCGUGGCCAGUUUGCCUCGGAGGCCAAAUGGGCUCCCAGGCCACGUCUGUUCCACAGGGCUUCUUUGUCACGAUUGUCCGACUGCCGCACCCCUUCUUUUGCCCCAUGGGAAAGUGUCUGGGGCGUGGCGGGAAAGGAGAAUCACACUGAGGCAGCUUCGAAAUCUGAUUUGUGGAACUCGGCUCUGAGACGUGCCUCGUCACGGUCUGCAGUGGAGCAGUCUCCCAUGAUGUCUGACUCUAUGCGAUCGCCGUAUCCAUUUACACUACCUCGCAGGACACGACGUGUGUUUAGCCUUAACCGGACCUCAGGCUAUGCCUCACCCUCCUUUAGACCCUUGUUUCCCAACGUCACUAGCCCAACCUGGCCUAUGACUCGCUCUCUUGAGCCUCUGUUCUUCAGCCCUUCGGCCAGUAGCCAACAUAAAUUCAGCUUGCCCACUGCCAUGACGCAGCUACACCCUCUGCAUCAGCGGAUCCUGACUCAAAGGCAACAGCGAGGGGGAGAGAAGAAGAGGAUCCCCUAUGUGGAACCGCAGCCUACCGGGACGGAUCCUUAUGAGGCACUUAUGACUUCACUGGAAAAGGACUGGGUGAUAAAAGUGCAAAUGAUGCAGCUGCAGAGUGAAAACCCUCAGAGGGAUGACUACUACUACCAGGAAUAUUAUCGCAAGCUGGAGCGUAAGCAGGCGCAGAAGGGUGGGCGCAAGCAUGAAGUCCCCAAGCUGAUUACCCCGUAUAUCCAGAAAGUGGAGACGUAUGAAUCGGUGGUGAGGAUCCCAGGCUCCUUGGGCCAGGUGGCGGUGUCCACAUGCUAUAGUCCUCGCAGGGCUAUUGAUGCUGUACAUCACAUCCCACUGGAGCAGGCUGUUGGGAAUCAGCGACUGCAGGUGCUGUAUCAGAUUGAGAAGAUGUACCUGCAGCUUUUGGAUAUCGAGGACAUUCAGCAGAAGCUGGUCCUGGCACCAGAGGAACAGCAUUCUCACUUCUGUGAGAAACUGGCUCACGAGGUGGGGCAUAUCUACCAAACUCUGAGAAUAGAGGGAUGCAACAAUGAUUGCAACAAUAAAGAGGAAGCUAAGGACGAGUUCCUGCAAAUUCUGCUGGUGGGGAAAGGGAAGCGGCUGGUGGCCCGUCUCUUGCCACACUUGUCCCAAGAGCAAGCCAAGCAGGUCCUUCUCACCAUCACACGACACUUGCCCUUCCUUAUUCAAAAGGACCUACUGGAUGAGACCCUGCCUGUUCUGUACAGCCCCCUCGGAGACGUUGUCGAACAGCUGACCUUCAGUGAGAUGGUCAACAUCCUUCAGGAGCUGACCAGACUGCAGCCAGAUUCUGUGAAGUAUUCGCUCAUGACAAUAUUUGGGAACAAGUUUGCUGUCUCUCUCCUGUAUUUGCUGCUGAGCCAUGGUGAGAGUUGUCUUUCUUCCAGCAUGCCCCUGGAACUUAACAGUGGAGACUUUGAGAAAUGGGUGGAUAUGGUGCUCCUUGUUGCUAAGGAGCUCUCCCAAGUGUCCAAAGACUCCAGGGUGGAGCCCCUUUAUCUGCCCAGCAAUCUUCUAUUUCUUUUCUGCCGCUAUGUGGACAAAGAGACAGUGAAUCGUUUGGAUGUCAAGAUGGAGUAAAGUAUGGAGAUGACCCUUAUUGUUGCCAAAAAAACUCCUUGGGUGCUUGGAGCCUACUCUGUUCCCUACAGAAGUGUGGGACUACCACUGCUAUUGACAUCUGCCUUUACCAUGAGAACUGAAACACAGUGGCUGGUUAUCAAAUAGGAUGCAUAAUUUAACUUCACAACCUUUUUCUUCUUCCUGGGGUUUAUUUCCCCUCCCCCUUAAGUGCUCUAUGCUGGUUUGUAGAUAGAUAAUACUGGCAGUAGGGAGCACAGAAUAUAGUUAACUUAUGGAGCCAGAGUCGGUGGACAAAUGGCUAGUUUGUACAGUAUAAAUUAAGACUGUUUGGUGU